AUGUGCCUCUUGAUCACUGGUGGUCAAGUGGUCGCGUACGUUGUGGGCUGGUUGUUUUCUCGAAUGAGUGGAGGCUGGCGCUGGAUCGUCGGCCUCGGAGCAGUGCCAGCAUUCCUCCAGUUCGCUGUUCUUUUGGUGCUACCGGAAACCCCGCGAUGGCUCAUUCAGGCAGGACAGGAUUCUCAAGCUGUGGCGGUUCUGAGUCAGAUCUACCAGAACUGUCCCGAGUGUGAUCGAGUCGUCAAUCGAGUCCUCCGCGACAUUACAGGAGAAGCCAUCCAGGAAACAGAAGAAAUAGACCGAAGAAAAGCCUCCAGCAAAAACUUGCAGUGGUUUCAUGAUGCCUCGCAACGAGCUCAGGACUUGUUUUCCAACGGAGGUAAUAGGAGGGCCUUGAUAAUAGCUAUGAUGCUUCAGGGUCUUCAACAGUUAUGUGGGUUUAAUAGCUUGAUGUACUUCUCGGGGAUCAUGUUUAAGGCGCUUUCUUUCUCGUCGCCGACAUUGACAUCUUUGACGGUUGCCGUGACUAAUUUCCUCUUCACUCUUCUUGCAUUUGCAUUCAUUGACAAGAUUGGGCGACGUCGUAUAUUACUUUAUUCGAUACCAGUCAUGGUCCUCGCACUCGGUCUCUGCGCUGUUUCCUUUGCCUCGCUGGACAUUCCAUUUGGCUCCCAGCCAACGCGCCAAGAUGAUGCCGAGAAUCACACCAUUUAUCCUUUGCUGAUCCUGUUAUGCUUGACAGUUUACACGGCAGCCUAUGCAUUUGGACUUGGCAACGUACCGUGGCAGCAGUCGGAGUUGUUCCCGUUGAAUGUGCGGUCCAUGGGAUCUGGCAUUGCUACUGCGACAAACUGGGGCUCUAAUUUCAUCGUUGGGCUAACUUUCCUGCCUAUGAUGGAAUGGAUGUCUCCAGCAUGGACAUUUGUCAUUUACGCCGGUGUGUGUGCCGUAGGAUGGGUGGCUGUACAUAGGAUAUAUCCGGAGUUGAGUGGCCUGGGACUUGAAGAAGUUAAGGAUUUAUUGGCCAACGGCUGGGGAGUGGAAGAAAGUCUGCGACGGCGAUGA